AUGGUGCUGGGAAAGCAUGAGCUCGAGGGCAAGCUGGGCGAGGAGAGCCUCCUGAUCAAGAGCGGCGUGCUGCGGGACGAGAACCCGCUCGACACGAGUGCAGAGUUUCAUGAUUUCCUGCUGGCGUGCCGCCGGGGCGAUUUGCGCAAGUGCCAGGAGCUCAUUGGCAUGGGCGUCAACAUCAACGGCAAGGACAAGUUUGAUUACACGCCCUUGAUCAUUGCCAGUUUGUGUGGGCAUUAUGAGCUGGUUCAGCUGUUGCUAGAAUCCGGCGCCCUCGCCGAGAGAAACACAUUCCAGGGAGAGCGCUGCAUAUACAACGCCCUCAACGACAGAAUCCGCAACCUGCUGCUGCAGUAUGACUUCUCCAAGAGCUCAGAUCCAUACGUCUACUGGUCAUCACACAUUUCUACCCUGUUGGGCCGUCCGGCUCCCAACACGACGGACAUCUCGCUGGAUGCCGAGACCAAGUCUUUCAACCUGCACAAGUUCUUGCUUGCAUCCAGGACGCCCUACUUUCGCAGGAAACUCGAGGCAGCUCCGGAAACAGCAUCAUGGAAAGUAUCGUCGACUAUUCCCGUAGAGGCAUUCCAGAUUGCCGUUCGGUAUAUUUACUUGGGUGAAGUACCGAGGGAUCUUGCUCCUCCAGGUAGCACUGCAACCGAGGAGGAGGUUGCCAAGGGCCUGGAUAAGAUCAGCAAGCUGCUCGAGAUUGAACAGCUAUGGGAAGCCAUCCUGGUGGGAAAUGACCGUCGAUUGGCACGGCAGCGGUAUCAAGACGAGGUCGAGAGGGCGUUAAACCAACUGGGCAAUUUCUUCCAGGAGAGCGUCUUGGCGCACAAGAUGGUCGUCGACACAGACCGUGUCGACGAAGUCCGGUGGAAGCACGACAACUCCAUCUUCGCAGACAUUCUCCUGCGAGCAGACGAAGCUGCCGGCGAAGAAUCCGAUGGCGUCCCUGCCGACUCAACCUCCGGAUACACCACCGCCGCCGGCAUCCCCAUCGGCCCCUCCUCCUCCUCCUCCCAGACCAACGGCGCGAAGAAGGCGAGGAAAUCCGUCCUGUAUCCCGCCCACAAGGCCAUGCUCAUCCGCAGCGAGUACUUUGACAAGAUGUUCUCGGGCGACUUUGUCGAGUCGCAAAAGGCGGAGCACCUGCAUGUCAUUACUGUAGAUUGUACGCCCGCCGUGCUGGAGCUCAUCCUGUCCUUUUUAUACACCGAAAACGCCCCGUGUCCGCUCGAGCACGCGCUUGAUCUGCUCUACGCCGCCGACAUGCUCUUCCUCGACAGUCUCAAGAACAAGGCCGCCAUCGCCAUCAGCACUCUCGGCAGCGGCACCGCAAACGCCCUCAUCGACCGCACACACAACAUCACCAGCGAAGGAAACGCAACAACAACAGAAGAAUCAGUAGAAGUCGAAGUAGAGCCCAUCAACAUCUACGACGUCAUCCACGCAGCGUGGGAUUUGCGCGUCCAGCGCCUCGAAGAGUUCGCCGCACGGUACCUCGCCCAGCGCCUCGAGGACUACAUCGACGAGCCCGACUUCCACGAGCUCAUCCGCGAGAGCGCAGACCGCAUCACCAAGCGUGAAGAGACGGACACCAUCGAGCUGCUCGACGACAUCCGGUAUUACCUCUCCGAGCGCUUCCGGCUGCGCUUCGAAGACGCCGGCCUGGAGGAGAUGAUGGACGAGGACGGCGAGAUUAGCGCCCAGAUGGUGGCUGCGCUGGCCAACGGCUCGGCGGACGUCGUUGAUGGCACUGUUGCUGCUGCUGCUGCUGCCGUUAAUGGAGCGAAGAAGAGUGAGAAUGGCGAGGUUGAGGGAGGGAACGAAGCGGUGCGAACGUUGGAUGGUGAGACGGCCGAGGAUGAGUUUGCCUCGGAUGCCAUCAAUUACCAGAUUUUGCUUCAAAAGAUUGAUGCCAUGUUGGAAAGAUUGAAACUGGAUGCAUGA